AUGUGGAAGUGGGUUGACCUCGUCGCAACUUGGUCUUGUUGUCAGGCCGACUUGGUCAAACGCACCUUGUCCGAAGUCAUCUUCCAUACUAGUUGUCGUGAUUCCCAGCAUCAGACAGUGGUCUUGGUACAUUCUAAAACGUUUCGCCGGCAUUGUAGUCGGCAUCAUCAGUCAGUUUUGCCAUUCGCCGCACCAAGUUACGAACUCGUCAAAGAGACAAGUGAAGUCAAUCCUUCCACCAUCGUUCUGCCGAAAACGGUCACACUAUUACUCCUCUUUGUCCUGGCCUUGUCUCUUUGGCGUGUCUGUAGCUUGGUGCGGAGAAUGGCGAAAGUCACUGAUGAUGCCGGCGAAACGUUUGAGAAUGCACCAAGUCCACUGUCUGAUGCUGGGAAUCAUGACAACUACUAUGGCAGACGACUUCUGACUAGAUGCGUUCUAUUAAGUCGGCCUGACAACAAGACCAAGUUGCGACAACGAGGUCAACCCCUUCUGUAA